AUGACGAGCGAAUCGGUUGGGCUUUCGAAUGAGGCGACGGUGCAGUUCGUCGACGUUUCCGAAGGCAUCAAUCCCGAUAAUGUGAGUUACGAGCAAUUAGGCAAAAAUUUGUGGAUUUAUAUGAUGUCUUACUAUCCGAAUGGUCCCAAACCGAAAUGGGAGCCGAAAAUAUUGUCGAGUCUUUUGGACGAUUCGAUGAAGGCGAUGCAGAAUGAUCCGAUGGUGCCGAAUAUGGCGACGCCGGCGGUGGUGUUCGGGCCGAUCUACGGCGAAGCCGAUUCGCUCAUCACACUGAUAAGCAUGGCCGGUCGGCCGCCGGACGUCAACUACGUGUUCCUCGGCUGCUAUCUCGGGCACGGGUUCGCGCCGCUCGAGAGCCUCGCGUUCCUCCUCUGCUACAAGGUGCUCUAUCCGAAUCGCGUCAUUCUGCUGAAGGGCCACCACGAGGAGUCGAUCGCGAUUCAAUUGCUCAAAGUCAACGAGUUGCUCGUUCAGCGCGGUGUGGCGAAACUCGACGCCGAGAAGCUCGUCGAGCAAAUGAAACGCACGUGCUCGUUCAUGCCGCCGGCGGCGUUGAUCAACACGCGAAUAUUGUGUGUGCCCGGCGGACCGGGACCGCUGAUGCGUAAAUUCGGCCUCAAAUACCUGUGCGACAUGAAUCGGCUGCCGAAGACGAUCAACGACAAAAAGAUCGUCAUGGAGGCGUCGUGGUCGGUGCUGAUAUUGAACGAGGCGCAAAAAGACAUGAACGGAAUGCCGAGCUUCACAAUGGAGCAAGCCGCACAAUUUUGCGUCGACAACGACAUCGAAUGUCUGAUUCGCGGACGGCAGCUCGUCGAUGAGGGUUUUCUGAACAAACCGCGCGAGGUGAUCACACUGGUGUCGGCGGUCGCCUAUUUGGACAAUUUUCGCAACUAUGCGGCCUGUAUGAAAAUCGAAGGGCGAAAUGCGACCAUCAUUCGAUACAAAAUGGAAGAGGGCGAACAAUUGUCGCUGGAGCUCGUCAAACCGGGAAUGGGUCGAAACGCGGUGUGGUGA